AUGGCCGAUCCAGGUGUGGAAACGCCCGGCUCCGAGCCACCGCUAUGGAGACUACAAGAUGAAGCCGACCUCUUUUGGUGGCCUCUGUCUCCAUCUGCUGCGACCUCCAGCACAGCAGUUGGAUCCACGGACCAGGACCAGGUUGGAGACUUCAGCCAUGACCUCGACCAACGAGAACCACGAGAAGCAAAGCAUCAAGAAGCUGAAGCAGCAGCAGCAGCAGCUGGUGCAGCAGCAGCGGAAGCAGCAGCAGCUGCACCGGCAAUUGCUGUAGAAGCAAGAUGCAAGUCGGUUAAGUCGUCUAAGUCGUCUCUGCCAUCCGGGAGUGUUACCCUGGCUCGAGCCCGGGCUCUCUCACAGAUGGCCAUGGAAGACCUGUCCAGGCCGUCAGAAGCCCGGCCGGACGCUUCCUACGUCCAGAAGCUGCGUGAGGAGUGUGCAGCAGCAAAUAGCCGCAUCCAAGCCAAUGUCUCAUCGCUAGCAAAGAUUUCAGGGGCAUGCCGGGUCCUUGAGGCCCAGCAGGUCGACGUUGAGGAUGCCAGGAGUCGAGUUCGGCAUGCUCGGAACAUUCGCUGUGCCGAUGUAUCUGUUUGCCGACGGCGACUGGAGCUGCUGCAAGACCUGGACUGGGUCGGAGCUUCUGCCGAAGGCAAAGUCCCGGAAGGGACCAGCACAUUAAGCUCAGAGGGGGCCCCGGAGACCUCGCAGAAGAACUUGAUGGAGGCGCUGGAGGUAGAGCAGGAGGCACUCCUGCUCAUGCGCAGAGAGCUGGACUUGCUAGAGGGUGAUCUGGCUGCAGCCAGUGAAAACCUGCAGGACCUGAAUACAUGCCUGAAGAAGGAGAUGGCCCAGCGCCGCGCGGCGGUGCGUCAGGACACGGCAGCCAAGCGCACCCAGGAGGGCGACGGUGUAGGCUACAUGUCGGUUGGGGACAGCUGGCGCUUCUGGGCAAAGCGUGUCAAGGCCGCGCAGGCGGAGGCUCAACAGUUGUGCAAGAAAGCCUCGUCCACCAUCCAAUACACUGAUUUGGAAUGUGCCAAAGCACAGCGGUCCACUCAGGAGUACCUGACCCAAUGUAGCAGCGAGCAGCGAGAGCUGAGGAGAAGAUUCGACACGCAGUUGAAAGAUGUGGAGUUUGCGAUGUCCUGUGCCGAAUGGACCCUGAAGAAACCGGAGAACCGGUCUAAGGCAAAUAGCCAAGGCGAGGCUACUCAAGCGCAGCGCUCAAACGUCCUCCUCCAUGAACUUGCGACAAGCCAGAAGAAUUUGCGGUGCCUCGCUCGCCAGUGCAAGCGUGACCUCCAGAUUCUUGAGACCUGCCGCAAUGUGACGGCGGCCAAUGUCACUGCAGCGAGGCCCUCGUCUGCCUCCCCAGCCAGAAGCGCCAGGAGCGCCACGGGAAGCCACAAGGGGCUGAAGCGGAGCCGGAGUGAAGUUCUGCGGAGGCGUGGCAGCGGCAAACCUGAGGCACCAGAGGCGCUGCGGGAGGAGUUGAAGCACCUCUCGGCAGAACAGAAGCAGAUGAGCAAAGGUCUGCGUGAGUGUGAGUAUGGGGUCGACAGAUGUGCAGCUUGGGCUUCUGUGCUCUCAAAUUUGGAGGACAGGGUCACCGAUGUCCUUCUUCGACGCCGCCGGUAG